AUGUCCAUUCCAGAUGAACUGGAACGCCCAGCAGUGAUUAUUGACAAUGGUUCCGGCCUCUGCAAAGUGGGCCUGUGUAUCCAUGUUGUUCCAAGACAUGUUUUUGACUCUGUUGUGGGUCACCCUAAAUUCAACAUACCAUCUAGCCGGAAGAAAUACUUUGUUGGACAGGAAGUCCAGUACAAGCGUGAAGUCCUGUAUUUGCACUAUCCUGUUGAGCGUGGAAUAAUAACAAGAUGGGAUGACAUGGAGAAACUUUGGAAACAUCUUUUCCAGCGGUUAUUGAGAGUUAAAUCCAGUGACCAACCAGUACUGAUGACCGAACCCUCCUUGAACCCAAGAGAGGUACGUGAGAAAACCGCCGAAAUCCUGUUCGAGACAUUUCGCGUGCCAGCCCUGCAUCUGUGCAACCAUGCAGUGCCAGCACUCUAUGCCUGCGGCUCCAUCACAGGCUUGGUGUUGGACAGUGGGGAAGGCGUCACUUGCGCUGUCCCUAUAUAUGAAGGUUAUUCUCUGCCUCAUUCGAUCAGCAAGCUUUCUGUGGCAGGGAGGGACAUUACAGAGAACCUCAUACUUCUCCUCCUGGCCGAAGGAUGUACCUAUCCUUGCAUCCUUAACAAGUCUGUGGGGGAAACACUCAAAGAGAAGCUGUGCUAUGUCACCUUAGGGCGCAAGAAAAAGCCACGCCGGAGACAGAAGAAGGUCCUAACGAAGUACAGACUGCCAGAUGGCAAUGUUAUCUACAUAGAAGACCGACUGCUCCAGGUGCCUGAGGUGCUGUUUACCCCUGCAAUUCUGGACAUCCAAGACCCUGGACUCUCAAAAAUGGUCUUCAAUAGCAUCCUAAAAUGUGACACAGACAUCCAAAAGAGCCUAUUUGGAAAUAUCGUGCUAUCUGGGGGUUCCACAUUGUUCCGUGGGCUGACUGAAAGGCUUGCAAAGGACUUGGAACAUGUGACUUCUCCAGGGACCUCCAUCAAGAUAAUAGCUUCACCUCACAGAUGUUUCUCUACAUGGAUUGGUGCCUCUGCCAUGGCCACCCUCAGCAGUUUCCAGCAAAUGUGUGUCACCUCUGCAGAGUUCAAGGAGUUUGGGAGUUCUGUGGUGCAUAGAAAGUGCUUCUAA